AUGUGGUCUGAAUCACUUGAUCGUAAGGCGAUCUUUAUGAGAGGUUGGAACGAGAACACUAGUAUCGACCCUAGCGAUACACCUGAUAACAUGGCCAAACUAUUGGGCUGCCUCAAUACCGCUCUAGAUGCUUCUCAAGCAGGACAUAAUGAGGCGAGUAUCCGUCUAGAUCGCGAUUCCCGGUCUGAUGCGGGUGAAGAUGACCUCGCCUUGAACAUCACCUAUGAAAUACCUGGAUUACAGCCGCUCAAGUGGCCCAUGUAUUUGAAGAAGCUGCCGCCCUCCAGCAUCGCUACGCAUCUUGUGCUGCCUUUAAUUCAGGCACACCACACAAAGGAUGUUGAAAUCGAAUUUCUGACUCGAUCUUUGGGCAACAAAGACGCAGUCCUCAAUAAGCUCCUGGACAAGCUGGAAGCCGUUGGUACAGGUAUGGAGCAUGUCUUUAAUGCUUUGUCUGGGAAGAAGAUCUCUAGAGCUGCGGCCGCGGAGAAAGUGCCUGGCCUUGCUCCUUUUGACCGUCAGCGCUGGAAGUCUGGUCUUGCGUAUGAUGGGGACUGCCCGAACGACGCCGAGUCCUUAGUACAACGCGUAUUCGAGAAGGGAGGGCUACAAUUCGAGCCUAUAACUGAUAGCGUUGAGACCCCUCGGUUGGACCAGUGGUGGCAAGAUUUCAAGGGCGCGUCCUCUGUCGCACAUCCACCCCAGUACAAAGCGGCUGCUGCGAAGGACAAAUCUCCGACUCCCCAAGACUCCGAAAAAGCACAUAUCGAGCAAGAUGAUGAUGACUUUCAAGUUCAGUCUACACCCCCACACCUACUGGCCAAGGGCAAAUCAACGCAUGCUACGAAAACACACUUCGCUGAUGAUGCGUCUACAGAGGGGGAAUCCAUAGCUUCGGCAGGCAGUGUACCACCAAGUCCUGGCACACGCAGACCGAACAAAUCAGUUCGUAAGAUAGGAACACUCGGUGGAAAGAAGCAGUCCACUCCACCUCUGUCCCCCAUUCCUGUACAAUCUCAGGCUCAGAAAAAGUCAUUGAGCCAACAACACGAUGAUUCGGAGACAGCAUCCGAGUCAGAGGAUGAUGAUAAACCAGCUACUGCUGGAGUCGAGAAAUCGGGUCCUUCAACUCCAUCACCACCACGGCCAGCCGCAAAUAGAAGCGGCCUUGGACGUAUAGGAGGCAACAAGACGAAGCACCUAAUUGAAGAACAGCCAGUAACCCUUAAUCCCGAAAUGGGCGAGCCUAGCACGACAGCAGUUUCUCAUCGUCAGUCCAAGAAGUUAGGUGCCAUUGGAAAGCAUAAAAACAACACAAAUGAAGUAACGAAUACGGCGAACGAAGACAAUCGAAGGAGUCGCACCACUACCAAGGAAGUCACAGAAGAGUCUAGGCCCAGGGAGACCUCGCAGGAAAGGGCGGACCGAAGGCGAGAGGAACUGAAAAAGGAGCUCGAGAAGAAAGCUGCUGCUGGUCCUGCUAAGAAGAAACGAAGAUUUUGA